GGCUCGGCUCAGCCUAACUCGGCUCGGUUUGGGCCGCUCCGGGCGGAGUUUGAGCUGAGAUUCAGCGGCUGCCGGGCACCGGGAGGGGAAGCGGCGUGCCCGGGAGUCUACCAUAAAAUCUAAACUUCCAGCCUUGCCUUCAAGGUAUCUGAAGGUGUGAUUCCUGCCACCCCACCCCUCCCCAGGCUGGGGCCAUGGCUGAGAUGAUUUUUGGCAGCGGGACGGGCCCCUGGGUUUGCCCCAACGACCGACAGCUGGCCCUGAGAGCCAAGCUCCAGACGGGCUGGUCAGUGCACACAUUCCAGACUGAGAAGCAGAGGAAGAUGCAGGCUCUGAGCCCCAAGGAGCUUGAGGUCAUCCUGGGAGUGAUCCGCAAGGCAGAGCAGCUGGACGUGGUGGAGCAGCAGCGCGUCGGGCGCCUGGUGGAGAGGCUGGAGAACAUGAGGAAGAACGCCAUGGGGAACGGCCUCUCGCAGUGCCUGCUCUGUGGGGAGAUGCUGGGGCUGCUGGGCAGCUCCUCUGUCUUCUGCCAGGACUGCAAAAAGAAAGUUUGCACCAAGUGUGGGAUAGAAGCUGUCGGAGCCCAGAAACGUCCCCUGUGGUUGUGCAAGAUCUGCAGUGAGCAGAGAGAGGUCUGGAAGAGGUCUGGGGCGUGGUUCUACAGAGGGCUGCCCAAGUACAUCACGCCCUUGAAGAGCAGCAGCAGAGCCCUGGAGCUGCAGGGCCAGCCCUGGCAGGGCGAGGCGGCCGAGCCCGAGAGCGUCGGGAGCAGCCGCUCCUUCACCUGGGCCAGGGGAAAAGCAGUUUCCAGUGACAGCGAGAGCGACUCAGAGCUCAGCUCCUCCAGCCUGGAUGACAAACCCGUGGGAUCCAAAGGCUCUCAAGGGAGGAAGCUCCAAGCAGGAAUGGCACCCACCAGGGGACCCAGCCAGGCCAGGGGCACAGCCCUGGGGACCCCCCCGUGCCCCCAGGUGUGGGGGAGCCACAGCAGCCUGGGCAGCGAGCAGGGGGCCGAGCUCAGCCCCACGGAGAGCGGCCGGAGUGACCGAGCCUCGGGCAGGCGCCACAGCGACACCGGCACCCCUGGCAAACCACGAGCCCACAGCAGGACACGGCUCUGAUGGGGGCGAAGAUGGAGCUGCUUUUUCCUGGAUCCAGCACUGCCACUCCUCAGAUCCCACUCCAGACAGGAGCUGCUGCCAGUGGUGACGUUGUGCCAGGCACUGGCAGCACGGUGGCAGCUGGGACAGCCCCUGCCAGUCCUCUGAGAGCCCCAGCAGAGAGCCUGGGGCUGGGAUUUGCCCGUGGAUCCCGUGGGGAAGGUGCUCCUUGUGUUUGCUGUCAUUGUUUUGUUCUGGUUGGAGUUUGGAGGGGGCUUCAGGAGCCAGAAGCUCCUGAUGAUGAACCUGGUGAAGCUGUGCUCCUGUUCCCUGCCUCUCUGCUCAGGGUAAAGGAACCCUCCAAGGAGUUUGCUGUGUUUUUUUCACUCCCCUUGGCUCAUGGGAGGGUGGGGGUCAGGGGAGAUGUGUUCGCUGCAGCUCCUGGGGGGAGCACACCCCCAGCCCCAGCCCAGCUGGCUGUGAGUGCCCAAAUGGGAUAAAAGCUUUCAAAUGACUUUAUCCUGCAAAGCUCUGCAGAUUCCCCUCCCACGUGCACACCUUACAUGAGCAAGGGCCUUUUUUUUGCCUUUUUCCUGGAAGUCUUGAGCAUCUGGCUGACUCUGGUGGUGUCAUCAUGAGUCAGGCUGUUGAAAACUGCGUGCCCUGGUCCUGCUUAUCCUCCAGAAUGGACAUUUUCCCUCUAAGGCCUGACAGAUGGGAAAAAUCAAAUUACCUCACAUCUCUAGAGCAAUUAGAUCUUUGAAGGCCUGAACAAAACCCACACUGGGAGUCUGUGGAUUUUAUGAAAUGCUUUGGAGCUGACCUGUCUAUUAUGAAGAAACAAAGGAUUCCAAAAAGUUCCCUCUGAAAUCACGGAGUUAAAGGCAAUUUGUGCCCAUUAAUGUCAGCCUUUCCCCUGGUUAUUUCUCUUUUGUUCUGUUUUCCUUUGCUCUGGGGCACUUUGUGUGCAUGUAGUGUGUGUUCUUACAAAUGGCUGCAGUAUGAAGAUAAAUGAGAUUGGGUGCUGGAACACUCGGGCAGGAGAUGGGAAAUCAAUCCCUGACUUGCUUUCCAAAUGAGCAUGGCCAACAGAGGGCCAUUCCCUCACUGCUGCCCCAGUUCAUGUGCUGUGGCAGCUUGCUGGUGAAAUGCUUCCAGCCCUUCCUCUGUGGUCUGUUCCUGCCCUUUCACAAAUGGAAACAAAACCUUUGGAGCCCCUGGGCUCCCUGAGAUGGCAGAAAAAGAAACCACUGAGUGUGAGGUCCACACCAUCAGUGUUGGAGAGAGCAAGGGAUGAGGCUGUUCUCCACUGAGGGAUGUUUUAUGGCGUGGUCUGCUGUUAACCUGGCCAUUAACUGCAUCUGUGGAAUGGGUAAUGCCAAAACCAUCAGCUGUGUCUGAGAGAGGAACUCCAGCUGUCAGCUUUUGCUGAAGUGCUGGUGUGGUUUCAGGGCUGUUUCUUCUCAGAGCUGUAGGGUCUUCAGUUUCCAGUGUGUUUAGGCCUGUAGGGUCUUCAGUUUCCACUGUGUUUAGGCACCAAAAAGAGUUCUGUUUUGCCUUGAGGAUUUUGGCAGUCCAGGUGAGGCUUGUCUUGCUCGUUACUGCAGCGCCUCGGACAGCCUGGCCUGCCAGCCAAAGUUAAUUCCACAGCAGAAGGAGAAGGGAAAAGACUUUUAGGAAUUGACUCUGUUUUCUUUAAAGCUCUUCCUUUCUCAUCACCAGCCCUACACUGAGUUGGAAAGAGCUUUUAAAAUCGGGAGUGUCAUUUCUAGCUCUCCUUGGGUCCCCUGUGCUUCACUCCAGGGCAGGGCAGGCAGGUCACUCGUGUCCCCAUUCCCACUCUCAUUUCCCACACCAAGGGGUGCCAGCUCUGCACAGGAGCCUGGCAAUCCUUGCUGUGCCACUGUGAGGCAUCAGCUUGAUUUUUAACUGAGGCCAGCUUUUAUAAAACACUCUCAGAGAUAAAUUUGACGUUGCUCUGGUGCUAGUGAGACUGAAACCUUUUCUUUCUUACUUCUGUGUUUUAACUCCAUGGGGUAAUUCCACCUGAGUUUGAACCAGAAUUGUUCAAUCUGCUGUGGAAAAACUCCUUGGACAGAGGGAAGGAUCUGGUCCUGGACAAUGUGAUCCAGGCACAAUUGAAAGAGGAACAUCUGCAGCUCUGUGCACUGUUUUAUUUUGAAGACCACUUUUCCCUUUGUGGUGAUUCUCUUGGUUGUGUUUUGUGGCUUUUUUUGGAAUAUUAUCCUAAAUCUGUACCUGUCUUUUGAGCCAGCUCAAUGUGGGCAAGAAGAGCUCAGUGAAUGUGCUUAGUCUGCUCUGGUCAUUUGUGUUUAUUAUUUUCUUGUUCUCAUCUCCACCCCUCACAACUUUUAUGUGGUGUUUUCCUACUGGAAACAAUAAAGCUUUUGCUCAGUAACAA